GGGGCUGGCAGUCCUGGGAGGGACGGCGGUGCCCGUUUCCCCUGGUGGUUCGCGGGCGGGAGCCUCUACUGAGGCUUAGGCCAGCUCACUGGACUGAGCUUCAGGCCUGUAACAACCGAUCAGCCCCUGGAAAGCUACCGGUUCCCUCCAGGGCUGUCGGGAAACUGGGGUUGUUCCGGGAAAUCCUGCCUGCGGCUGCAUGGGCGUCAUUGGCUUUGCAGGCAGCUGGCAGGAAACCGAGACCCAGAGGCUGGCUUGGAGCUGGGGGAGGGGGAGGGGGCACGGAAGGAGGGUGCAUAGGGCUUUGACACCCCUUGGUUAACAUUCCCGGAAACGUCCUUUUUGGGGUGUUCAGGGCUCAAACACACACUCAGCCGGGCUGGGGUCUGGACCGCCCACUGGGAGGGCGGCACCGGGCCUUCUCGCGCUCUCCGAGGCCCAGGACGCUGCUCCCAGCUCUGCAGCUCCCAGCACGAGGCCUGCAAGUGGCCAGUGCCCGGCGGGACGACGGCCAUGCCAGGCGAAGACAGGCCCAGGCUCAGGGCCCUCCGGGCUCCCGGUCUGGAGCCCCGCGGGUGGAUAGGGUUAGCGCCAGUCCGCACCCGCGAACGCAGCAAGCUGUGCUGGAGGCUGUGCCCCUCGACCCCCACGAGGAAGCCUCCUGCCUGCUCAGGACGCCCGGGGACGCGUGUGCCCGGUGGGCCCUGAGCCCAGGGGCCAAGGUCAAGAGGUUAAGAGGAGCCACCCCUGACACCCAGGCCCCAGCCCAUCCCGGGGACCGCACACCAGGGGCGGCGAGGCACCCACUGCCCUGCCCAGUGAGGAAACCGGUCAUUUCCCAGCUUUGGCCGCGUCUGGAGAGGGCACCACGGCCCCCACCCCUCCCGGAACGCUCAGCCCCAGUGCCAUGCUCUGCGGGGCUGCCAUCGUCCCCAUUUCACGCAGGACGAAACUGAAACCCAAGGCCGCACAGCUACCCCCGAGGCGGCCCUGGGGGCCAAGGUGGGAGGCUCGGGGCGGGGGGCACGGACAGCCACUUUCUUCCACCUUUAUGGCUUUACUCUCCACCUCUGCCGCUUUCUCCCAGAGGACGGAGCAGCUGGGGAGAGGCUGCGUUUGCUUUUCGGAACCAGAGACCGGUUACCUUCAGGCCGAGAGCUGGCCCCCAGGGCCGGCCGGCACCCGUGGGCCAGUUUCCGGCCGCUUCCCCAGUGGCUUCCCUCUGGGCCACCACUUGGGACGCGGUCCUUCAGGACAAGGCUGGAGCCCGCCACUGACUGCUCAGUUCUCACCCCGAUCACCGCGGACCCUCGUUGCUGAGGAGGGUGCGUGGGCGGGAGCGAGACAAGGUCCUGCUCAACGGAGGGGUGGCCUGCCGGACAGGCCCCUCGCAGAGCUCGGACGCGGAGUCUCUUCCUUUCUGAGGCUAACAUCCCAUUACGUGUGCAGAGCACAUCCGGUCUACGCGCUCAUCCUCGGAUGGACCCUUGGGUUGCCUCCGCCUUUUGGCCGCGUGAGUCAUCAGCUGCUGCCGAGCAUGGCUGGGCAGGGGUGUGGCUUGACUCCCCGCUUUCAGUCCUUUGUUUAAAAAAUCCUUUCCACGUACUUUGUUAUUUAUUUAUUUUUAAAAACCGUCCUCAACUUUUAGGCUGUGCACGUUUUUCCCUUUUUCUUUUAAAUUAAUGUAUUACUCAUGUAUUUAUUUGGCUGUCUCGGGGGUCUUAGUUGCGGCACGCGGGAUUUUUGGUUGCGGCGCGUGGGCUCUUUGUUGUGGCGCACAGGCUCCUCUCUAAUUGUGACGUACGGGUUCUAGAGCGCGGGCUCAUUAGUUGCAGGGUGUGGGCCUAGCUGCCCCGCGGCACGUGGGAUCUUAGUUCCCCGACCAGGGAUCGAACCUGCGUCCCCUGCACUGGAAGGCAGAGUCUUAACCACUGGACCGCCAGGGAUGUCCCCUUGCUUUCAGUCCUUUUGGGUCUGUACCCAGAAACAGCAUCCCUGGAGCGAAACGCAGGUUCUGGCUUCUCUACACCAGCUGCCUUGGCUGCUUCACCACCCAACCCUCCCUGUACCGAGUGUGUCAGUCACGUCCUUACACAACCCUCGACCGUGGUCCCAGACACGGCGCAAGCCCCGGCCUGACCCUCGCCCACUGCGGGUCUGUGCUUCUCCCCGUCGAGCCUGCCGGACGCAGCCCCUCCUGAGCCCCGGCUCUGAGGGCAGAAUGCCCGGGGCCAGCCUUUGCUCUCACGCGAGCGUGCGGACCACAGUCCUUCCCGGGCUGUCCAGUGGCUUCAACGAAGUUGCACGAAGCUCCAACAGUGCCCAGCGCACAGGAGCUUCCGGUAAAGCCAGGCGUCCUCACUGAGCGCGUGUGGCCGGUCGACAGGUCCCCCUGACCCGCCCCAGCCCGGUCUCAGCAGACGGCCUCCUCCACUAACGUCCCGAAUAAAUGGAAACCAACUGCGGGAGUCGCCCCACUCCCGCUGUGGCUCCCCUCCCUCCUGUCCGGGGCUCCCCUGCCUGGGGCUCUGGUUCCCAGCCCCACCCCUUCCACCUCCGCCCCCCAGAGCCCUGACCUCUUCCCCUCCCCGGGCUCCCUCCCAGCACCUUGUAAAAGUGUCACACCUCUCCCAGGACAACCAGAUCCGGCCUCGAGGCACCACCGCCCCGCCCAGGUGCCCUCUGUCUCCAUCCUUUUGCCCCAGCCUCCCCCAGAGUUCUUUUAAAUCCCUGUUCAUCUCCGGAUCCAGCACAGCUUCGCCUCGACCCCCAACAUUCCACGGAAAUGUCUCACCCAGAUCAUCGCUGACCUUGUUGCUAAAUCGGAUUUAGGUCUUCUAUUCCUUAUCUUGCUUAGUUGCUUGGAAAACAUGUGACGCCGUGGAACAGCCCUCCCCUCCCCCCUCGAGCCACCCCCUGGCCCUCUGGCAGCUCCUCUCAGUCCCCAGGCCGUCCUCCUCUGCCUGCCCCUUAAACGUGGGUGUUUUCAAGGUUUUCCUUGAAGCCUCCUUCGUUUGCUCUUUUAGACUCUCCCUGGGUCACCUCGUCCACUCUGAUGGCAUCGGUUGGGUUCUAUGUCCUGGUGUCCCUUGAAGCGGUACUUCCGGGCCAGAACGCCCUACGGAGGUUCGGACCCCGGUAUCCAACUGUCUGAUGAACAUCUCGGCUUACGAGCCCCAGUGCACCCCCAAAACUCCUCUUCUCUCCCCGCCGCCACACCUGCUCCAUCUUGCUGGCCCCGCCUCUGCCUUUGCCUUCGAGGGACCCAGACUGGGCUUUUGCGACCAUGCUCUCACUACUUGGAAAGCUCUGCCUCCUUUUUCUCCUGCCCCUCCCGCCUGUGCUGGACAGAGGCCUGGACUCUGCUUCGCCCCGGGCCCCGAGCCCGGCUUCAGGCUUCAAGUCACCAUCUGGAAGGGCUUCAUUCCUGGACAAGGGGCCUCACACUUCGGUUCUGCACUGGGUCCCGAAGAUUCUGGAGCCAGUGCCGGGCCGAAGAGGGAAAGAGGAGGGAGGGUGGAGCGGCAGGCCCCUCGUCCUCGGAGUGGACCCUGGGACGGCAGCCCCACCUCCGCGCUCCCUUCACCUGCCUUCCUGACACCUCAGCGCCCUCUGCACUGCUGUGCUGGGGCCACAGCUGGCCCCCUGCCCGCCUCACCGCCCUCUCCAAGCCCCCUGCACCUGCAGCCGGGGCCAUCUCUCGGAAACGUCACCUGGUCAGUGGGUCCGGGCUUUGGGGAUGAGACCCAGACCCCUGAGCUGGCCCACAGGCCCUUGUGACGGGGCCGCUGCCCGCGUCUGUGCCCCGCCCCCUCCUGCCCGCACUCCGGUCACCGUGCAGGACACGUGGCCUGGCCGCCUUCGAGGUGCUGUUCAUGCCGCCCAGUGUCCUGUCCCCCCUCUGCCUGCCUGACUGUCCCCAGCCUUCUCCUCCUCCCCCCACUUCUCCUUCUCCUCCUCUGCCUCAUUCUUCUUUUUUUUAAUUAAAAAUUUUUUUUAAUA